AUGCGCAAUAUUAAUAUGCGUCCAGAAAUACGGCGCAGUCAGCGCGCAGCUUCGAUUACGUUUUCCGAGAUGGAUAUUAAAAUGAGUGCGUUCUGGUAUUGGGGAGCUACCAAGGGCUUGUGGUAUCGCAGUUAUACUUCCGGGGGUGGAAUUUAUACUGGCCGUGAUCUGAUAUCGGGGAUACACACCAUCUCCACAAGUGCUACACAUAUGUACCCACCCCUUGAUCCAUGUAGUACCUACGGGAACACCUCCCCACCGGGAUACUCUCACGAUAUAUAUGCAGAAAUAUUAGCUGGAACUGAUGCUGAUAUACAUGCAAGACUCCAAUCAUCAAUACUCUAA